GCCUCGUUUCCACAUACGUACAUUCUCGUAUGCGAUCCAACCGUCUCCGACCGAAAGUCCAUUCAUUCCAAUGUGAUUCUCCGAAAUGUCAGUUUUUCCUCCGAGACUCCUCCCCUCCGUAAAAUUUCUGUCCGGUAUGUCCGUAAUAUACGUUCAAAAAAUUUAACUUUCGCCGUCGUUUUACGGAGAUACCGGAUGAAAGUUUUGCUAGCUCGCUUGCUUUUGAGUUUGGAAGACAAAUUACUUUGCGAUGACACCAACACGAGUGAGAGUGCUCGCCAUCGCUUAUCUAUAUUGGCGCAAUCGCCAGAGAUGGCAGAGACGCAGGGCAUCAUGCUGGACAAGGCAGUUUUUGGCCAAGCGCUUGGAGUUUGGCGCUUAUCACCGGCUGGUCCAGGAGCUGCGACUCGGGGAUGGAGAUGCUUUUAAAAACUUCUUCCGACUGCCCAAGCUGAUGUUCGAUUCUGUUCUGUCCGUCGUGGGUCCAAAAAUCGCUCGGCAGGAUACCACCUACCGCCAGGCGAUCUCCCCUGCGGAGCGCCUGGCAAUCUGUUUGAGAUACCUGGCAACAGGGGACUCCUACAAGUCCUUGGGGUACAGCUUUCGGGUUGGUGUUUCCACAAUCUCACGCAUCGUGCCAGAGGUCGCAAAUGCCAUCUGGGAUGGCUUUGUGAGCACUCACAUGCAGAUGCCAAAAGAGGAGGAAUGGAGAGCCAUCGCAGAGGAGUUCGAGAAGGAGUGGGACUUUCCCAACUGCAUUGGUGCGAUAGAUGGGAAACACGUCACGAUCCGGGCUCCACCCUGCUCAGGUUCCAUGUACCACAAUUAUAAGGGGACCUUCUCGAUUGUGUUGCUGGCAGUAGUGGAUGCAAACUACUGUUUCCGGAUGGUGGACGUCGGUGCCUAUGGGAAAGGGAGUGAUGGCGGUACCCUGAGAGCAUCUGCCUUCGGAAAAGCCCUUCAAGCAGGCACACUCCACAUCCCAGCUGACAGAAGCCUUCCUUGGUGAGAUGCCACACGUGUUUGUGGGGGACGAGGCCUUCCCUCUGCAGAAGCACAUCAUGAGGCCCUACCCUGGAAACAACCUGACAAGGCAGAAGCGGUUGUUUAACUACCGUCUGUCUCGGGCUCGUCUGGUGGUCGAGUGUGCCUUUGGGAUCCUUGCAUCCAGGUUCCACAUGUACUACCGAGUGAUGGGGCAAAAUCCUGAGCAUGUGGAAGCCUGUGUAAAGGCAACCUGCAUCCUCCACAACCUGCUGAGGUCAACAGAGGCCAAACCUCCAUCAAGUGACGAAGCAGUCCCCUUGGAAAGAGGCAGGCGUCUUGGAACCAACAACUCCACCAAGGAAGUGAUGCAGGAGAGGGAGAGGUUCAUGACCUACUUCAACAGCGCUGCUGGCGAGGUUUCAUGGCAGAAUAAUGUAGUUUGAUACCAUCAUCUUCAUAAAAAAAGGCCCUUUUCAGGGCCACUCACAUCAAUAAAGAGCAAACUUCCCGUCCCUUAAACCCAUA